AUGCAGAAUGCAGCACUUGCCUUUGGUGUUGGUCCAGGAGCCAUAAUCCUCUUUUCGGCAGCGCGACAAUGGCUUCGUUACUUCUCGAGUAUUAUCUUUUUCACAAAAUACUAUGGACUAAGUGGAUUGGUAUUAUGCUUCUUCGGUAACCGCGACAUCUGGCGCGUCCAAGUACAGGUGUUACGAAGUACGAGCGACAUAGACGCGAUGAACUUCCGAAAGUCAGCGCAGGGGGAAUGCAGCAUAAUAGCUGUAGCUAGUACUAUUCUAGCACAGAUUGCUAUUACAGCACUCUCUUUGGAAAACCUUGACCGAACACCCUGGUUUGCCCGAGGGUUCCUUACUUUCAGUCUCGUCUCUUCUAUCAUCGCUGUUUACUACGCCACAAGACAGUACUGUCAUCUGGGAAGAUUUAUCUAUGCCAAAGAUGUACGGGCAUGGAUUCGUGGACACAGUAUUUUGAAUGGGGAUCUGUACCCACGCAUGACAUUGGCAGCUGCUCAUCUUAACAGCGGCUCAGCCUUUCGAGUAGUGGGAGCAGAUCUACCUUCGGUUGCCUCUGUUUUGACCAUUGCAGCCCCUACCAUGCUUCUCAACAGCUCCCUAAACGCUUUCCUGGUGGGAUUAGGUAUCUAUCUUGGCUUUGUUUGGACACGGGAUCUUAAUGAGACUGCAGGGGCAUUCAGUAGUCGAGCAGUAUUUAUUACGUAUAUGGUCGGCUUGGUGGUUUGUUACUGGGUCUACGCAAUAUCCAACGUUAUUGUAGCCGACCAGAGCUAUGUCAGCGAAGCAGAGUUGCUAGGAGAGGAAGAUCCUCUUCGCUCUUUCUUUGGACUACGCGACAAAGAUGAGGAAAGUGCAGUGGCCAGCGGGAAGCCUUCUGCCGCUCAACAUGUUUCCUCUCAAGAAGUACCAUCUGACACGAACGGCAUGGCAAGCACAUCUAUAGCACCACCCGGAGAAUCAUCUGAAGAACAGAUAGAUGGAAGCAAUAACACUAAGAAUGUGUCUGUUCAAGGAGAGCUUGCGCAAGUCCUCCAAGAAGCAGCUAGACUCCGUAAAGAGUCUGCCAAAGUUGAUGAACGUAUAGCUCAACUUCUCGAGAAACUUGCACAAGGUAGUGAAGAGUAG